AUGUGCUAUCGCAAGACUGAAGAUUAUUUCACCUUAUGGCUGAACCUCAACAUGUUUCUUCCUCUUGGAAUAGACUGCUGGGUUGAUAACAUCAGAGUUGUUUAUAACAAGACAACAAGAACUGCUACUAAUGCACCUGGAGUUGAUGUUCGCAUCCCGGGGUUUGGAAAGACAUUUUCUGUUGAAUAUCUGGAUAAAAGCAAGUUAGCUGGCUAUUUUCACACCCUUGUACAAAACUUGGUGAACAACGGCUAUGUGAGAGACAAGACGGUGCGGGCAGCACCCUAUGACUGGAGAAUCGCUCCCAAUGGACAGAAAGAAUACUUUGAAAGACUGCAGAAGCUCAUAGAAGACAUGUACAGAGAAUAUGAGAAACCAGUUAUUCUCACUGGACACAGCCUUGGCAACCUGUAUAUUCUGUACUUCUUAAAUCAUCAGCCUUCAGACUGGAAAAAUAAAUAUAUUAAAGGAUUCAUCUCACUUGGAGCACCGUGGGGGGGAGCAGUAAAGCCAUUGCUGGUACUCAUGUCAGGAGACAAUCAUGGGAUUCCAAUGGUUUCCAACAUUAAAAUUCGAGAAGAACAACGAAUGACGACCACAAAUCCCUGGAUGUUGCCCACCAACCUGGCCUGGCCCGAAUCACAUGUCUUCAUUUCCACCCCAUCCUAUAACUAUACAUACAGGGACUACAAGAGGUUAUUUAAGGACAUUGACUUUGAGGAUGGUUGGCACAUGUGGGAAGAUACGAAGGGCCUUCUGGAUGGUCUGCCACCGCCAGGUGUGGAGACAUACUGCAUAUAUGGAACAGGCCACCCUACAGCAGAGACCUACAUCUACGCGGAUGGUUUUCCCAACGAGCCACCUAUAGAUAUCCAAUAUACAGAUGGGGAUGACACUGUGCACAAGAGAAGCCUGGAACUCUGUAAACUCUGGAAGACCCAACAGAAGGAGAGAGUUCAUGUUAUUGAGCUACAUGGAAUGGAUCAUCUCAGCAUGGUCUUCAGCAACAGAACAUUGGAUGUUAUUAAUGAGAUCUUGCUGGGAAAUGACUACUAA